AUGGUGCCCGCAGACCUCCAAGUCCGCGCGCGCCCCGAAGGGCCGAAGACCUACGCCUACGCCCUCAAGCCCAGCACAGCACCAUGGUGCGGCUCGGCCCCCCCCCCCCCCCCCGAGAUGGGGAGAAGCGGGCACACCGCGCUCGUCGAGGGUGCGCGCUUCUACCGCCUGCCUGGCGGCAAGAAGCGCGCCCCGAGCGCCGUGGUGGCUGUGGGCAUUACCGUGCCUGCUGGGGCCGACGUCCAGUGGCCGGUGGAGCUGGACUUCGAGGAGAUGGACUUGGAGGCGGUCAGGGGGGAGGAGCAGGAGAGCCAGGCGGAGGCGCAAGAGGGGGAGGCGCAGCGGGAGGAGGAGGAGAAGGAAGAAGAUGAGCAGCAGGAUCAAGACGAGGAGCAGGAUCAAGAGCAGGAGCAGGAUCAAGAGCAGGAGCAGGAUCAAGAGCAGGAGCAGGAUCAAGAGCAGAACGAAGAAGACAAGGAGGAAAUGGAACAAGACAAGGAGGAGAUGCAGGAGGAGGAUGAGGAAGACUAA